AUGAAACCGAAACACUGGUGUGGGAUGACCGCCAAAAUGGGCACCGUGUUAUCAGGGGUCUUUACCAUCAUAGCCACCGACAUGUACCUCAUCUUCGAACAGAAGUACAUAAGGAGCAGCAAUUGCACCGAGAUUGACCCAGGGGACAUGAGGAUACAUUCCCUAAUAAGUCACUUCGUCGCCUGUUGGGGUUUCAAUAUCAUUAUCUUCCUGUCUUGCAUCACCAUCAUCAUCAGCUGCUUGCUCAUAUACUCAGUAUAUGCCCAGAAGUACAAGGGCAUGGUGAUCUACAUCAUCUGGAUCUUUUUCUAUGAAGCCCUGAACAUUGUAAUACAAAUCCUCACCACCAAUAACACUGGCAUUGUAGAGGUUAGAGUCAUGCGCUGGUUUGGCUUGGUGUCCCGUAUAUUCAUGCACUGUUUCUGGAUCUUCUUUGUCAUGACUUAUGCCCAGAUAAUCUACAAAAGUAAUAGCCAGGGCACUAUCAUUUCCCACAGAAGACGGAUUUCUACAAGCAGCCGAGACUCCCCAAGGCGGAAAUCAAAGAUAAUCAGCCAUAUCCGCCACUAGAAUGAAUGAAUACCCUUGUCCCUGUUCUCUCUUGAGAGGCAGGUCUCCCAGGUUCUCAUGGUAGUUCUCUUUUCUUCUCUUCACUUUUCAUCUAUUCAGAAAGUAGAGACCCUACUGCCACUCUUUCUGGGGAAUGUGCAGAGAAAUGUGACUAGGGUCAC